AUGAAGACAGUGCUGAAAGUUGCUGGUCUCAACAUACGAGGCCACGGGAACCUGAAUGUGCACCAUCCCGACAACAAAUGGCUUGGGAUAUGGCAGAUCCUCAGGGAGCAGAAAAUCGCAGUACUAGUUGUGGGUGAGGCGCACAUGAACCAAGAGCGCAAAGAUAAUGUAAGCAAGAUAUUUGGCCGUAAGUUGCGAAUUGAGUUCACAGAGAACCCGCGGUCACCCAACGCGGCUGGGCUGGCGUUCGUCAUCAACAAGAACCUUGCAAGAGUGGACACAAUAGAAUCACUCACUGUAGUGCCAGGACGGGCUAUGAUACUGAAGAUACAGCAGGCAGAUGGAAGCCCGCUAUCUAUCCUUGGAGUAUAUGCACCCAAUAACCCCGCCAAAAACAGGCAAUUCUGGGAAGAUAUCGACAAAUUCUUCAAAGACAACCCAAGGACUGGAAGACCAGACCUCAUGGUGGGCGAUACCAAUGUAGUCGAGGCGGCGAUUGAUAGACUUCCAGCUCACGAGGACGAUAAGAACGCGGUAGAUGCUCUAGAUGAGCUCAAGUCAAAAUUUACACUUGUUGAUGGAUGGCGCGCAACGUACCCCGAUACAAGGAACUAUACCUUCAGGCAACCACAUGCGCUUGGCGGAGCCCUGUCACGUAUAGACAGGAUAUACGUAAAGACUGCUAGCUUUGAGAACACCUUCGACUGGGGAAUACAACGUAUAGGCAUCGAGACAGAUCAUGACCUUGUCUGGGCCAAAAUCACAACGGCGGACGCCCCAACAGUUGGCAAAGGACGAUGGGUCUGGCCAGCACACAUAAUGAAAGACAGAAACCUUGCAGAGUUCAUACUUCAAUCUGGCCUUGAGCUCAGUGCAGCACUGGAAGAGUUGAAGAAUAACAACAACCGGACUGUGGAAAACAACGCCCAAACCCUGUGGACAAACUUCAAGACAAAAAUUGGUGUCCGAGCACGUGAACGUACUAAAGAGACAGCCCCCAAAAUCAUCAAGGAAAUAGCUGAACUGGAGCUCAAGCUGGCAAACGUCUCUAGAGAUAAAGUAAUGUCAGAAGAAGAGAGACACCUCAAUACAGCAAUGAUCAUUGAUCAAAUUGCCAAACUCCAGAAACAGCGCUACAAGUCGAACAGGCUUACAGCACAGAUCCAAAAUAGGCUACACGGCGAGAUAAUUGGCAGAUACUGGACCAAGAUCAACAAGCCAAGUAAGCCAAGGGACACGAUCCAUAGGCUCAAAAAACCAGCCCCCCCAGGAGUCACAGACGCUCCGGUAGAGUAUGAAACAAACUCAAAGAGAAUGGCAAACAUGACACAGGAGUAUCAUGACCACCUUCAAGGAGACCGCCAAGAUACCAGUGAGCAAGAACGCGAGGCCAAGAUUGAGAGAGUCCUAGCCAGGACACAGAUACAUAUAACAGAUGAACAGAAUGAGAAGCUUAAAGCAAAGAUGAUGCUGGAAGACGUCUCCCAGGCGCUAAAGUCCUCCGCUAACUUCAAAGCGCCCGGGCUGGAUGGCAUUCCGUACGAGCUAUAG